AUGUCGUAUCUCCAACAACAAAUCAACAACUUUAACUCCAGCGUCGUAUCAUCUGCCGGACGCCUGCCGCAACAGAAACGCAUUAUCGGCGGCAGCCAGCCUGUUUCUUCCACCUCUUCCCAAGCUCCAUCCACCCCGGGCACCCCAGGUCCAGCGCGCCGCCAUGAUCCGGCAAACAUCGUCUACUCGCAACCUGCCGAUACCGGUACGGGCAAAGAUAUCAUGACAAAUGUUCUUUAUGCCAUUCAGAAAAUGAAAGAGAAGAACGCACCGUUGACUUUCGAGGAUAUUGUUGGAUACUUAUCUCUACAAGAGCGACGGCACGACCAAGGUUACGUUCACGCGCUACGAAGUAUUCUUCAAGUCCAUGACAAAGUGAAUUACGAUCCAUCGGGAGCCGAUGGAAAAGGCACCUUCAGUUUCCGACCGCCGCACAAUAUUCGCUCGGAGGAGCAGUUGCUCCAAAAGCUCCAGUCACAGACGACGAUGACGGGUAUACUAGUCAAAGACUUGAAAGAAGGCUGGUCCGGCGUCGAGCAGACCAUCGAUAAACUCGAACAGGAGGGUAAAUUGUUGGUGACACGAAACAAGAAAGACAAUCACCCAAAGAUGGUCUGGGCCAACGAUCCGUCGCUGAUGCAUAAAUUUGACGAUGAGUUUCGCGUCAUCUGGGAAAAAACCAAGGUUCCUGAUCAGCAACAGGUUAUUGAAGAUUUGGAAAAAGCUGGCAUGAUACCUACGAAUAAAAAUAAGGUGGUGAAGCCUCGUCCAAAGGUUGAACAAAAGAAGACCAAGAAACCCCGACGAACCGGCAAGACCACAAACACCCACAUGAUGGGAAUCCUCCGUGACUAUUCGCAUCUAAAACGUUGA